UAUCAACACCAAUCAGUAAGUGUACAUCCCCAAACACAACAUUCAGUUCCGCCACCGAAAAACAUGACUCUACUUGGGAACCAACAUCAGAUAUGGAUGACAGUGAAGAUGAUACUAUCAUUGAUGAAGAUUGGGACAGAUCUGACACACUGAAGACCCCAAAGUACAUGGUUUUCGAACAAUGCCUUAUGUCUCUAUUCACAAUUUGUACAGUUUGUUUCUCAAACAUUUCGGCUCACAUCAAACAGAGACUGGGAAGUUUUAUAAGUGUCCUUCAAGAAUCUUCAUGUGGGCAUAUCAGAGAAUGGCAUUCCCAGCCAAUGAUCGGGAAACGACCAGCAGGGAACAUUUUAAUAUCAAGUGCAGUGUUGUUUUUGCUGUGAAUAUAGAGAAAGUUCUGCGAAUGUUUAAAUUUAUACAUUUUUCUAGUGUUAGUGCUACAACUUUCUAUAAAUAUCAAAGAGGAUAUAUGUGGCCAGCUAUUGAAAAAAUUUGGAAUUUAACAAGAAAUGCAAUGCUGGAAGGAAUAAGAUCAAGACCUGGGAAAGUUAUACUUGCUGGUGAUGGUAGGUCUGACAGCCCUGGACAUUGUGCCAAAUAUGGUUCUUACUCUCUUCUUGACAUCCGCUCUGGAAGGGUUAUUGAUAUACAAUUAGUGCAAAGUAACCAAGUCAAGAGUAGCAGCCAUAUGGAACUUGAAGGCCUGAAGCUUGCUACAUGUAGUCUAAAACAGGAAGACAUUGUUAUUGAUGAAAUAGUAACAGAUCGCCACGUCCAGAUUCAAAAGUGGAUUCGAGAGAAUUUGGUAAAUGUGAGACAUACUUAUGAUGUGUGGCAUGUAGCCAAAAGUAUUAAGAAAAAGCUAACUGCACUAUCAAAACAGAAAGAUUGUGAAAUCAUUGGAAAAUGGAUAAAAAGUAUUAGUAACCAUGUCUACUGGGCUGCUGCCUCAACUCCAGAUGGAGACAGAGAAACCAUCUUAGCCAAAUGGUUAUCUCUGUCAAAUCACAUACAGAACAUUCACCAUGGUCAUGGUCCUAGGUUUCCAUCCUGUCUGCAUGGUGACUUGGAGUCAAGACAAUGGCUUAAACCAGGAACCAAGGCAUGUGCCAAAGUUGAAGACCUAAUAACAAACACACGAUUGUGUAACGACAUUCGCAAACUUUCAACUGACCCACAGACAUCUGACCUCGAGGCAUAUCAUAGUGUUGUAAACCAUUUCGCCCCCAAACUGCAUUCCUACACAUUUCAUGGUCAAUUAUGCAGACAACAUCUUGCUGCUCUGCAUUUCAACGAAAACAGCAAAAGAAAGUCUGCUGUAAAUAAAGAUGGUAAUGUUGCCAUUCAAAUUGCAUUCCCAAAAUACAAGACAGGGGAUGAAUUCUCUAUAAAAAUAAAAAGGGAAAAAAUGACAUAUGAAUAUGUGGAAUCCUUACUCAGGGAAGUGUUGGACAUAGCAGACAGAGACUCUGGCCCUUCGGUCCUUUCCACACCUGCCCCACCUUUCUUGAGCAGCGGAAAAAGAAGACCAUGCCAAGAUGAAAUUUCCAGGACGCUAAGUCGUUACACGAAAUUCAGAUUUGGAGAGAGACGUUGUUUGGAAUAUUGAAAUUUUGGUUAUUUGCAUAAAUAGGUUCUUUGUGGUACAAAUUAAUUCCCAUUUUACAGGAAUGAUAAGAAUUAAGACCUAGUUUUGUAUAUCUUUGGCAUUUAUCAGUCCAAUAAUUUUUGAAUAAUAAAUAGAGUUAAGGACCUUUAAUGAAUUUAUCUUUUUAAAAAUCUGUCCAGACUUCUAUUGUUAUACUGCUAAUGCAGUUUUAGUGAAACUUUACAUGAUUGAUCUAUCUUUAGUACUGCACAUAAUACACACGUUUUCUGGUUGAAUGACUUUUGCCUAGUUAUAGUCCUAGAAUUUAAAAUGCAUUUAGGCAUUUUAAGGAUUUAUUUUUUGCCUGCUACAAAAUAGCUGUGACAUCACCCCUCAAUGCUUCUGCUUAAUUAAGCUAACAUCAGGCAACAUGUGACGGUGAAAACUGAUUGCUUUUGUUGAAGUGUUCAAUUAAUUUAUGAGAAGGCAUGGCUUCCGUUAAUUGAAGUUUUAGAGUCAACUCCUUUAUUAUGGCUUGUGACAUCCAAGAUGUAAUGAUAUUCUUUCCUUAACUAUAUAAUAUGACUUCCAAUGUUAAGAGAUUUAGCAGUCUCUGACUCCCAAAUUUUUAAAGUUAAUGGAAGCCCUGGAUAAUGUACAUUUUUGUUGCAUGAUUUAAGCUCUUAUUCAUGUUAAGUAAGAUCUAAUUGAAAGUACUGGAAAAAAGUAUUUUUGUACCCAAACCAUUCUCUGGAGUGAACAACUUUUAAAGUGUUGCAACAGUAUAUAAGAAAGUACUUUUUACACUAUGUGACUGUUGUAUAAAAUUUAUAGAUAUUGUUACUUGUGUAUUUGUGUAUAUAGAAAAGUAAUAUUACUGUUAAUGAUAGAUUAUCAUCUAGCUUUCCCUUAAAAUGUGGUUGCUUAAUAACCGAACAACAGGCUUAAAAGUAAUGCCAAUUUUAAAAAAAAAAAUCUACAUUAAAGGGAUUCCACUGAGGUUUUUGGACAUACUUGGACUGAAAAUAUUUUUUCAGAUUAAUGUAUCAUUUGAUGUAAGUUUAGACCACUAAUCUUUGUGCAAAAUUUCAGAUCAUCCGCACACUUCGUUUUACCAGAAUUAAUUAUUCAAUUGGUAAAAUAAUGUCCCAAAAUGAAAAUAGGGCUAAGGAAAGCAUAAAAAUAAGAUUUUCAAUUUAUUUCAAAAUAUAUUUCUAAACUGUCUUUGCAUAUGAUCCUCUUUAAAGUGCCCAAACUGAUUUAUGUAAGACUUUAAAAUGUUAUCUCUUUAGACUUUAAACCUCAGUGGAGUCCCUUUAAAAUAACCUAAAUUUGAAAUAAAAUCUAAGAAUGUGAUUUUCAUUUGGAGGAGAAUGCUACCAUAAGGGAGACAUUUAAACAUUUAGGGAGGAGAUCAUAAUCUAUCAAUUAUUUUAUACAGCCUUUGAUAUUUAUGCUAUUUAUAGAGAAAAAAAAAAUUUUUUUGUUUAUUAAAAAUAGAAGAGAACCAAUAAAUGUUGAAUUUCAUACUGAUUACCUUUAUA